CCCCCUCCUCGCGUCGACCAUGAAGGUGUUCAGCACCCUCCUCACACUCACUUCAAUCCUGGGUGCUCUCGCGGCGCCGGCUCCGGUCGUCGACGACAGCCACCUCGACGAGCGAGCCCUUACCAUUACUGUUUCUGCGCCUGCCGGCACCAUCGUCGGCAAGAGGGGUCUGCUGACGGAUGACUUCAAUGGCAUCCCCUACGCCGCGCCGCCCAUCUCCAACUUACGCCUGCGCCCACCUCAGCGCAUCUCGUCGCCUCUGAACAACUUCGAUGCCACCAAGGCUGCAGCGGCGUGCCCCCAGUUCCUGGCCGACUCGGACGACUCGGGCCUCCUCGCGCAGGUCAUGAGCACUGUCUCGCGCACCGCCCUCUUCCAGAGGGCCCUCAAGAUCAGUGAAGACUGCCUCUCCGUUAACGUCAUCCGUCCCCGUGGUACAAAGGCCGGCGACAACCUCCCCGUCCUCUUCUGGAUCUACGGAGGGGGGUUUGAGCUUGGCUGGAGCUCGAUGUACGACGGCGGCGGCCUGGUCCAGAACGCGGCUCUCAACGGCAAGCCUUACGUCUUUGUCGCUGUCAACUACCGUGUCGGCGCGUGGGGCUUCAUGCCCGGUAAGGAGAUCCUCGCUGAUGGCGCCGGCAACCUCGGCCUCCUCGACCAGCGCAUGGGCCUCGAGUGGGUUGCGGACAACAUUGCCGCCUUCGGCGGUGACCCGUCGCGCGUCACAAUUUGGGGCGAGUCGGCGGGCGCCAUCAGCGUGUGGAACCAGAUGACGGCGUAUGGCGGCAACAUCGAGUACAAGGGCAAGCCGCUGUUCCGCGGCGCCAUCAUGAACUCGGGCUCGAUCAUCCCCGCCGACCCUGUCGAUUGCCCCAAGGGCCAGGCCAUCUACGAUGCCGUGGUCGAGAAGGCGGGCUGCAGCGGCCCCGACUCGCUCGCGUGCCUCCGCCAGCUCCCGCUUGACCAGUUCACCGAGGCCGCCAACUCGGUGCCCGCCAUCCUGUCCUACACCUCAGUCGCUCUUUCGUACCUGCCCCGUCCCGACGGCAGCUUUAUGCCUGAGAGCCCGCAGCAGCUUCUCCUCAAGGGCCGGUACGCGGCCGUCCCCAUGAUCAUCGGCGACCAGGAGGACGAGGGCACGCUCUUCUCCCUCUUCCAGGCCAACACGACUGAGACGACGCCCAUGAUCGUCCGCUACCUCAAGGACCUGUUCUUCAACGGCGCCUCCGAGGCCACCCUCACUGCCCUCGUCGAGACGUACGAGGACGUGCCAGCCGAAGGCUCGCCCUUCCGCACCGGCCCCCUCAACGAGGUCUACAAGGGCUUCAAGCGCCUUGCCGCCAUUCUCGGCGACCUUGUUUUCACUAUCACCCGCCGCAUUUUCCUUGACAUCGCCAAGACCGUCAACCCCUCCGUCCCUGCAUGGUCGUACAUUGCUAGCUACAACUACGGCACUCCCAUCCUCGGCACUUUCCACGGCUCGGACCUCCUGCAGGUCUUCUUCGGCAUCCUCCCCAACAAGGCGUCCCGCGACAUCCAGGCAUACUACAGCAACUUUGUCUACAACCUCGACCCCAACAACUACUCGGGCGGCACGAACCGUCUGUCCCGCGUCAUCGACAACUGGCCACAGUGGGAGAGGGGCACCAAGAAGCUCAUCCAGUUCUACGCCCACCACUUCCAGCCCAUGAUCGACGACUUCCGCACCGACUCGGAGCAGAUCCUUUCGUCGAAUUUCGAGAGUUUCCACAUUUAAAACACGGUGUAAGGAGGAGUGGGGAGUGAAAUGAGCAUUCAGUUUGUAGGGAGUGUUCGCAGAAGUACGUAUGGGUUAAUUCUUGUUCGUUGAAAUGAGAUGUUUCAGAAGCA